AUGGGACCGAUCCUUGGAGCUGUAGGACCAGCGUAUAAAAUAGGAAAAUUCUUAGGCCAGAAACUCAUAAAUAAUAAUAAGAAGAAGUAAUAGGAAUAUUAUAACAGAGAUUUUUUAUAGAGUUGACUAAAAAAGAUAUAAAAGUGCUGGAUCAUUUCAUGGAAAAAAAAGAAUGGAUGAACUUCCUCUAAACAGAGCUUCCAAUCCCUUUAAAAAUCAAGGUUACAUGCUGAGAUUAGCCAGACAAAGAGGUGGUGGCAUGUUAGGACGUCGUAGUAGCGGUCGUCGUCGUCAUCGUCGUCAACGAAGAUGCCAAAGAGGAGGACGAAAGUUUUCGGCCGCCAAGGUGCCGAUAUUUGGAACUCUAGGAACAGGAUAUCAAAUAGGAAAAUUCCUAGGUAAAAAUCUUUUUAAACUCAUGGGUAUGAAAAUGAAGAAAAAGUAUAAGUAUAGGUAGAAAAAAAAAGUCAUGAAAAAAUCACCCACACGUCGCAGAGAAGUAUAAAAAGCUUUUUAGUGAGCGUUUCUUCAUCAGUUCUUGAAAGAUGAGCAUCGUGUUCGGAGGCAGCGAGGCCUCCUCGGCCCACUUCAAAUCGGGAGAGGUUGAACAUAGUGCUUUAGACCUUUUUACAGUACCACCUACCAACAUCACUUACAAUGGAUACCGUAUCGUGGAAAUCAACCCAACCAGUGAAAGUAUUACCCCUAUAGAAUUCGUGUUACCAGGCAGCCGCGAAUAUAUCGAUUUUAGCCGAAGUUAUUUUCGUAUGGAUUUGAUU